AUGAUUCAGUUAGCUUCUUAUUCGCAUUCAAAUUAUAAUUUUUUAACUCUUGUUCUUUUCACUCUUGUUUUUAUCAAUAUAAGUCGAAGUUCAGUCUAUGGUAUUAUUAGUGAAUAUGAUUAUGAGCAGCCAUCAUCAAUCGGCGAUGAUUUAUCUUAUGAAAAUAUUGGAAAUAGUGAAUCACCCAUUCCAAUGAAUCCAAAUAGCUUUUAUACACCUAUUGAUGAGGAAACAAAAUCAAGAAAUCCUUGGUCCGAAUUAUAUCAUCGUCAUCAUGCUCGAUCAAUAGUCACAUCAUCACACUAUGCAUUAACGCUGCCUGGUUAUGUUAUACGACCAGAUCAAACUAGUUAUGUUCCAUAUCCUGCUAAAAAACGCACGAUUCCAAUUGAACUUCAAAAGGCCUUUUUCGCUCAUGGUAUUGUAGGUUGA